AUGAAACCCUUCCUUAACCCACCAAACUUCUCCGCCCAAACAAGCUGAGGCAGGCGCCGCUCCCGCUGUAAGCAGGUUGUUACUUUAUUGCUAUAGAUAGACCAAAGAGAGCACCACGUGCCGCGUUUGACGCUGCAUCUCUAUGAAGCAACAAAGACUUCUGUCUUAGCUGAAAUUUAGAAAGUUUACCCAAACACAACUCCUCUCUCCUCAGAAAGAGAGCCAAUCCUUUGUCACCACCCCCACCCCCACCCCCACCGUCUCUCUCCCCAUUUCGUCUCUGAAUUCUGAAUUCUGAAUUCUGCUGAAACGACGUCGAACCAGUCCUGAUCAGAAGAAGAAGCCACCUCAUUUGUAGAUCAAACUGGCGACGCUACUCAGUUGAGUUCUCUCUAGGGUUGUUUGUUGUCUUCAUCACUGAUUCCCCAUGAAAGCUCAUAGUUCGAUCUCUGGGCCGCCCCCGCCGUGUUCGGGAGCUGCAGAGAGUCAAAGGUUUGACCACGAUGCGACUACUGUAAGACUUGAGAGUCCAGGUAGUGCUCAUGGACUGUGCACCUCUUCUAAUCGGAGUAUGGAUGUCACGCAGCUGGCAAAUGUUACUGCGGCACCAGCUGGCGGUGCUGUAUUGCUUACCGGGAAGUCUGCAGAGGUGAACGCUUCGCCCGCUACCGUGAUCGGAACGGAGAAGAGGAAGAGGGGUCGGCCUCCGAGGGGGCAGGCUGCUGCUAAACCUCCACCACCUAAAAGGAAAAGAGAGGUGGAGGAGGAGGAAGACGUGUGCUUCAUAUGCUUCGAUGGUGGCUCCCUUGUGCUGUGCGAUCGCAAGGGGUGCCCAAAGGCAUAUCAUCCAGCUUGUAUCAAGCGAGACGAGUCAUUUUUCCGUUCCAAGGCUAAAUGGAAUUGCGGUUGGCAUAUAUGUAGCGUGUGCCAGAAGUCUUCACAUUAUAUGUGCUACACUUGUACAUAUUCAUUGUGUAAGAGUUGCUUUAGAAAUGCCGAUUACUUUUGCGUUCGAGGAAACAAAGGAUUCUGCUCUACAUGCAUGAAAACUAUAAUGUUGGUUGAAAACAAAGAUGGAGAAAACAAAGAAAUGGUUAAAGUAGAUUUUGAUGACAAGACUAGCUGGGAGUAUCUUUUCAAGGUAUACUGGAUUCUUCUGAAGGAAAAGUUAUCACUCACACCAAAUGAACUUAUUCAAGCAAAAAAUCCAUGGAAAGAAGCUGUUGCAACACAGCACAAGCUCCAAUUAGCUAAUGUUCAUCUUUAUGCAAAUGAUAGUAAAGGCGUUAUUGGCAAGUCUUAUGAACAUCUAGAGCUGAAGAAUCACGAGGAGAUAGAAGAGCUAUCUAAGAGAGAUUCUAUAGUUCCUGAAGAUUUAAACAUCCACAAAACAGAUAAUGUUCAGUUUUAUGAAAAUGAUAGUAAAGAUGUAAUUGGCAAGUAUUCUGAACAUGUGGAGCUGAAGAAUCAUAAGGAAUUGGAUGACUUAUCUAAGAAAGAUUCUUUAUUUCCUCAAAAUUCAAACAUUGCCAAGCCAGAUAAUGCUUAUCUCUAUGCAAAUGAUAGUAAAUGUGUUAUCAGCACGUCUUCUGAACAUGUAGAGCCCAAGAAUCACAAUAAAUGGGAAGAGUUAGCGAAAGAUUCUUUGAUUCCUGAAGAUCCAAAUAUUGCCAAAUCAGAUAAUGUCCAUCUUAAUGCAAAUGAUAGUAAAGGCUCCAUUAGCAAUUUUUCUGAACAUGUACAGCUGAAGAAUAACAAGGGAAGAGAAGAGUUAGCUGAGAAAGAUUCUUCAAUUCCUGAAAAUCCAAACAUUGCCAAAUCAGAUAAUGUUCAUCUUAAUGCAAAUGAUGGUAAAUGUGUUUCUGUAAAGUCUUCUGAACCUGUGGAAUUCAAGAAUCUCAAUGGAAUGGAAGAGUUAGCUAAGAAAGAUGCAUUCAUUCCUGAAAAUCGGAAAAUUUCCAAUUUGGAUACUGCAUGCAUUGCCAUUUCUGAUGAACCUUUGAGACUGACUAAUCCUGACGAGCCUCAGAGAAAAAAUAAGUCUAGAUUAACUAAUUGCUCAGUAAUGAAGGGAUACACUGAGUGGGCAACUAAGGAGUUGUUGGAGUUUGUUGCACACAUGAAAAAUGGUGAUACCUCAGCCCUUUCACAGUUUGAUGUUCAGGAAAUUUUGUUAGACUACAUAAAGCGGAAUAAUCUUCGAGAUCCACAUAAGAAGAGUGAAAUUAUUUGUGAUCUACGGCUCAAGAAUCUGUUUGGGAAAUCACGUCUUGGACACAUUGAAAUGUUAAAACUUAUUGAGUUCCACUUUCUUGCAAAAGAGAAUACCCAGAAUAAUGCUUUUAUACCUGCUGGAAUUGUUGGAGAUGGUUCUAACCAUUUGAAGACUGAUGAAAGUAAAAUUAACCCGCCCUUGGGAAACAAAAAUAAGAGACGUAAAGCCUACAAAAAGGGUGAAGAAAAAGCUCCACAAAACAGUCUUGAUGACUAUGCAGCAAUUGAUGCUCAUAAUAUAAAUCUUAUAUAUUUGAGGCGUAGUUUGAUGGAAAAUAUCAUUGAAGAUGUGAAGAAGUUCCAUGAUGGCGUCGUUGGUUCAUUUGUCCGUAUAAAAAUUUCUGGUAAUGAUCAGAAGCAGGAUAUGUACAGGCUUGUCCAUGUUGUAGGUACAUGCAAGGCUACACCAUAUAAAAUUGGAGAUAAGACAGCAGAUAUAAUGCUAGAAGUACUGAAUUUGGACAAAAAAGAGGCCGUAUCUAUAGAUAUUCUUUCAAAUCAAGAGUUCUCUGAGGAGGAAUGUAGACGGUUACGUCAAAGUAUUAAGUGUGGGCUUGUAAAACGGAUGACUGUUGGUGAGAUCCAGAAGAAAGCGUUGGCACUCCGGCCUGUAAAACUCAAUGAAUCACUGGAAUCAGAAAUAUUGCGUCUCAUCCAUCUCCGUGAUAGAGCAAGUGAGAAUGGGCGCAAGAAAGAUCUCAGAGAAUGUAUAGAGAAGUUACAACGUUUGAAGACGCCCGAGGAACGUCAUAGGAGAAUGCUUGAAAUUCCUGAGGUGCAUGCUGAUCCAAAGAUGAACCCAAAUUAUGAAUCAGAGGAAGACGCUGGGCCAUCUGAUGAAAAGAAAAAAAGAUGAAAAUCUGAGGCAACGAAGCACCAGGUUGUAUGGGGAAAAUGAAAGCAAACAAACCCCUCCCAUGAAGAAAGCUAAAGUGGGAGGGACUGUUAUUGCACUUAUUGCCCAACAUAGACCGAAUGAGAAAAUAGAUACAUCUGAAGUCCCUAUUUUGGGUAAACGACGUAAUCAGACUUCCACUAGUAGCUCAGUAGCUAGUGCUCAACAAGUGGAUCAGGCAGUGGAUAGAUGUGGACCUGAAACUUCAAUUCCUGGUCUUUUGGUAGCAAAUCCAAUGCCUCCUAUGGAUAGUGAUGAAAUAGAAAAGUUAUGGCAUUACCGUGAUCCUAGCGGGACCAUACAAGGCCCAUUUUCCAUGAUGCAGUUGAGGAGGUGGAACAAAACCGGGUUGUUCCCACCUGAUAUGAGGGUGUGGACAAGUGAUGAGCGCAAGGAAUCAAUACUUCUAUGUGAUGCGUUACACUGGCAAUCCCAUACCCCCCAGAUUCCAGAUAAAUCUACAGUUGGGUGGCCUGGACGUUCUAAUGCAUUUUUUCUCAAAGAAAGCGAAGGCAACCAUUAUAAUAGUCAUGGUGAUAUAGCAAUCCAUUUAAAUGCUGAAUUGAGCUCUCCCCGUCCUUCUUUGCAAUGCUUGAAUUUGCUGAAUGGAAAUAAUCAAUGUUUUGACAAACCUCAGGAAUGUAGUAGCAACUUGCCCCUCUCAUCAUAUAGUGAAGGCAAGCAGAUGCAAGUGGGUCCUGCACAAGAGGAACGGUGCAGUGACACUGUUUCUCAUCAUCCAACAGACACGAUCAAUCACGAGAUACAUCACGAGAUACAAUCUAGCGGGCAGAGCUUCAUGGACCAACUGUUUGGAGAAAACUGGGGACCCUUAGAUUCCUUACCCAUAACAGAACCAGAAAGCAUGGCGGGCUCCGCAGCCACCCAUUUUGUGUCAGUUACAACCACCAAGUCGGGAGAUUCUCCACCUGAGCUGAAUGGUCAAACUACUAAUGAUCUGUCAGAACUUCCCAGUCCCACUCCAAAAAAGAGUAGUUAUGAGAGCUGCGAAGUCAAAGCUGCAAAAGAACUUCUUUCCUUGUCUUCGGACUUCCCUUUCCACCAUCAGCAUUCAAGUCCACCACCAAAUGAAAGCAGUGGACAUUCCCCUUCAAAUAUUCCCGUCCAGGACCCGGUGGGUCCCACUACUGCCUGUAGUCUAGUCAUUGACGGCUGGGAUCCUGGACUUGUAUCUGUUCCGUCAUCGCUUAAAUCACCACUAGAAGUAACUCACCCAUCCUCUCCGCCACUGCCUCCACCAUCAAACGUGAUUGAGUUCAGUACUUUGGCUGAAGAGUCAGUGUCUGAUUUGUUAGCUGAAGUGGAUGCAAUAGAGUCAUCUCAACAAGCCCAGAGCGGUUUAGGAGGCUCAUCUCCAACUUCAGCCAUGAGGUGUAGCGUGGAACUGAAUCUGUGGAGUAGGAGUGAUGACUGUUUUAGCUCCAUCGAGGAGAUGAACUCCUCCACAACAGACCCCACUGCAAAGAACGACGCUUAUAGCUCCACAGGGGACAUAGCCAGGGCAGCUUUUGAUCCUCCUUCAAGGAGGUGCAAUGGGCACUCAUCUACUAGCAGUGAGGGAGAAACAAAACCAACUGAUCUCUCCUUUGACAGAGUAGGCCACAGUUCAGAAAUUCAUCAUCCUCCGGUGGUGCCCAGCUGGGCAGUUACUCAAGGAGGAAACGUGAGCUAUGAAUAUGGAAAUCCGGGUCUGGGUACCGGUGCGAGGCAAGGAUGGAGAAAUAAUCCAAACAAUCGAGGUGGUUUUGAGGUGGGGAAUGUGGCGUUGGAUAAUAGUCAGAGGAGGCAGUACAGUGCAGAUAGGUUUCUUCCUCCUGGCCCAAGAGACCACUGGGCUUGUCAAGGAGGCUAUCCUGGUGGUGGUGCUGGUGGUAGGAGUGGUAGACACAAUGCCUAUAAUAGGCAAUCGGUUACUGGUGGUGGUGGUGGUUAUUCAAAACCUCCUCCCAAAGCACAACGGGUUUGCAAGUUUUAUGAGAGCGGCCGUUGCAAAAAGGGAGCAUCGUGUGACUAUCUACACCCAUAACAGCUUUUCAUGGUAUUCAGGCCCGUUGCAAUUGCUGUUGUAUUCGUUUGAUGUGCAAAUAGAUUGUUUAGAGCAACACUGCUGCUCUAAAUGUAGCUAAUGGGUUUAAUGCUACUCAUAUUUUUGUUUAUUGUUACUAUUAUUAGCUAAGGCAUAAUAUUAUUUUAUUUUAUUUUAUUAUUUACUUGUACUUAGGAUUAUGUAGUGUAUGAGAAGCAGUGCAAUCUGACUUUGGCUUUAGGCCGGCUGAGCCAGGAGAUAUUGCAUUUUGCAGAGGCGAACGACUAAUGCC